AUGGCCAAAUUUUCUCGACUUGUCCGUUUCGAAGACCCAAGAGGUAAUAUCCACUACGGCGAAGCUGGAACAGAGUGGCAGAAAGAGCUUGUAGGCCAGUCCGUUCCUACAUAUGACAUCUCUGAUGCCUUUGACGGCGAGUUUGCCCUGACCGGCAAAAAUGUUGAGAUCGCAAAAGUUCUUUGCCCUGUGACUUCAGUGCCAAUUAUCAUCGGAAUUGGACUAAACUAUAAAGUUCAUGCGGAGGAAGCAAAGCUGCCCAUCCCCGAGUACCCGGUGGUGUUUACCAAAUUUGCGGACACCCUUGCUGGCCCUUUUCAAGACAUCCACGUCGGCGCUAUCGCAAAGGAACUCGACUACGAAGGCGAACUGUCCGUGGUCAUCGGCAAAGACGUGAAGAACCUUAGAUCUGGUGAAGACCCGUUCGACUACGUCCUAGGGUACACCGUUGGCAACGACGUGUCUGCUCGAUAUUGGCAGUGGCCUAAGAUGUCAGGCUCCCAGCAUGGCUAUGCCAAAUCCUUUGACAAUUUCGGUCCUAUCGGUCCGGUUAUUGCCUCUCGGACAGCUAUCCCCAAGCCUGAAAGUUUGAAGUUGAAGACCUGGGUCAAUGGCGAUUUGAGACAGGAUUGCAAGACGGACGAUUUGAUCUUCGGCAUCGCGAGACUGAUCGAGCAUCUGAGCCAGGGGAUGACGCUUAGGAAAGGGACUGUCAUCAUGACAGGCACACCCAACGGCGUGGCUGCUUUUUUGCAGCCUCGGAAUUGGCUCAAGGAUGGAGAUGUGGUCAAAAUCGAGAUCGAGGGCAUCGGUGCGAUUGAGAACAAAAUGGUAGUUGCUGCCGAAUGA